UGAAGACGUCGAUUCUGUUCGUUACUUCAGUACUAUUCACAGCUCUUACCAUCUUCCUUCCUUUGUGCUCUGCUUUCAGAGAAACAUGGCCGAAACAACAGCAUUGGUGGAACUGGGAGGCGCUUUUCUCCCUGCAACUGUUGAAUCCCUAUUACACAAACUCGCUUCAUCAGACUUCAUCCAUUACCUCAAAUACAGCCACAUGAACAUCUUAAAACUCACCGUCUUCGAGACUAAGCUUCUCACUCUUCACUCCGUUCUUCUCGAUGCAGACCACAAACAGUUCUUCAAUCCCAAAAUCAAGAAAUGGAUGAAUAAAUUGUACGAUACAGUCUCCGACGCCGAAGAUCUGAUCGACGAAAUCGGUUACGAUUCGCUUCGAUGCAAGGUGCAGAAUACACAACCUAGAUUAGGUUUUAUGUUCGAUUUCAAAUUGAAGAUGAUUUGUGAUAGGCUUCAGCGUUUUGUUCAACAGAUAGACACUCUUGGUUUGCAAUCUGUAAGUGUUAGGGUUUCUCUUGAUAAAACUCUCUCAAGUUCUAUGGUGAAUGUGAAUGAUUCUGUUAUAGUUGGUAGAAAGGAUGAUAAAGAGAGAUUGAUUAACAUGCUGUUGUUAAACGAUGUUUCGAGUAGUAGUAAUUUAGGUGUGAUUGCUAUUUUAGGCGUUGGAGGUGUUGGUAAAUCGACACUUGCCCGACUUGUUUACGAUGAUAGACAAGUUGAUCAACAUUUUGAUGUGAAAGUGUUUGUUCGGGUGUUAGAAGGUUUUGAUAUUCUAGAAGUAACCAAAGCGCUUUAUAAUUCCAUGUCUAAAUCAACUAAAUCAACUUACGUUGGCAAAGAUCUAAAUCAUCUUCGACUUCGUUUCAAGGAUGAGUUAUUGUGUAAAAGAUUUUUGUUUGUGUUGGAUGACUUAAGGAUUGAUAGUUAUAAUGAUUGGCACCAUUUGAUAACUCCGUUGUUUAAUGGAAAUUGUGGAAGUAGGGUGAUAGUCACAACACGUUAUGAAAAAGUUGCUGAGGUUGUACGUACGUAUCCGGUUCUUAAGUUAGGACCUCUUUCAGAAGAAGAUUGUUGGUCUUUACUCUCUAAGCAUGCUUUUGGAAGUUGUGGUAAUAAAUUUCCAGAACUAGAAGCAAUUGGCAGGAAGAUUGCAAGAAAAUGUGGCGGAUUUCCAAUAGCUGCCAAAUCGCUCGGAGGGCUUUUGAGUUCAAAGGUAGAUGCGAAUGUGUGGACAGCAAUCUUGAAUAGUGAUAUAUGGAACAUAACAAAUGAUUGUGUUAUGCUUUCUUUGCUUUUGACUUAUCAACAUCUUCCUUCUCAAUUGAAAAGAUGUUUUUCCUAUUGCUCAAUUUUUCCGAAGGGUUAUCUCUUUAAUAGAAAGAAAUUGGUUUUGUUGUGGAUGGCAGAAGGCUUCCUCGAAGAUUCCGUAGUUGAAAAAGCGCCAGAGGAUGUUGGCGAUGAUUACUUUGAUGAAAUGUUGUCGAGAUCCUUAUUUGAACCAUCAAAUGAUGAUAUUGAUGAUUCUUCUGGAGAAAAGUUUAUUAUGCAUGACCUUAUCUAUGAUCUAGCAACAAUUGCAUCUGGGAAAAGUUGUUGCAGGUUUGAAUCUGGUGGUACAAUCUCUGAUGAUGUUCACCAUUUAUCUUACUAUCAAGAGGAGUAUGACAUUUUCAAAAAGUUUGAGAUGUUCUUCGAUUUCAAAUGCUUGCGAAGUUUCCUACCCAUUGGUAGUUCUAAGUGGCAAGAAUCUUACUUAUCACACUAUGUGAUUGAUUAUAUGAUACCUUCUAUUAGAAGGCUGCGAGUGUUAUCCUUAUCAAAUUACAAAAGCAUCACCGUGCUACCAAAUUCAAUUAAUAAUUUGGUGCAACUGCGGUAUCUGGAUCUCUCCUACACUAAAAUCAAAUGCUUGCCCGAUACAACAUGUGACCUUUACUAUUUGCAGACUUUAACUUUAUUAGGAUGCAUGAAUCUCAUUGAAUUGCCGGUACACAUCGGAAACUUAAUUAAUUUGCGUCACCUUGAUAUCAGCUAUACGAGAGUAAAAGAGAUGCCAGAGCAAGUUGUUGGACUAGAAAACCUUCAGACUCUAACGGUUUUUCUAGUGGCCAAGCAAGAAAUUGGGUUAAGUGUUCGAGAGCUUGGUAAGUUUCCAAACCUACGAGGAAAACUCUGCAUUGUGAACAUGCAUAAUGGCAUUGAUGUUAGUGAGGUGUGUGAUGCCAACUUGAAGAACAAAGAAUACCUUGAGGAGUUAAAGGUAUAUUGGGAUGGGCAAACUGAAGAUUCACCAACACCAACAGAGAAAGCUAUUCUCAAUGAGUUACAACCAUCAAUAAACUUGAAGAAAUUGAGCAUUGGCUUCUACGGUGGGACAAGCUUUCCAAGUUGGUUGGGAGAUUGUUCAUUUUCUAACAUGGUGUACCUUUGCAUCAAUACUUGUAAGCAUUGCAUAACACUUCCUCCACUAGGGCAGUUACCUUCUCUCAAAGAGCUGGAGAUAAAUGAUAUGAGUAGAGUGGAAACAAUUGGCCUAGAGUUCUAUGGCAUGACAGGGGUGAGUACUAGUUCUCCAUUCCAACCAUUUCCAUUGCUUGAGAAACUACAAUUUGAUAGCAUGCCCAAUUGGAAGGAAUGGCUUUCCUUCGGAGGCAGAAACUUUCCUUUUCCUCGUCUUAAAACUCUAAGGCUAAGUGGAUGUGCUAAACUGAGGGGACAUUUGCCUAGUCAUCUUCCUUCUAUUGAGGAAGUUACAGUUCAUUGGUGCAAUCUUUUGUGGACUACCCUAUCUACUUUGCAUUGGCUUUCCUCAGUAAAAUCUCUAGAUUUGAGGUCUCGAGGUUCCACUGAAUUGUCGUUACUUGGAAAUGAUUCUCCAUGUCUUUUGCAGGCUGUGACAAUAUUCGGCUUUAUCAAGCUAUUAUCUCUGCCUAAAAUGUUUUCGAGCUCUACUUGUCUUCAACACUUGCAUCUCAUCUAUAUUUCCUCUCUCACUGCAUUUCCAGCAAAUGGUCUUCCUACUUCAUUGCAGUCACUUCAUAUAGAUGAGUGUCAGAAUUUAGCAUUCUUACCUCCUGAAACAUGGAGCAAUUACACAUCACUUGUGACUUUAUAUUUAAAAAAUUGUUGUGAUUCACUAACCUCCUUUCAACUCAAUGGCUUUCCUGUGCUCCAAACUCUUUCUAUUGAAGGUUGCAGCAGUCUUGAGUCCAUUUUUAUUUCAGAAAAUGCUUCCCUUGGCCUGUCAACUCUCCAAUCACUUCAGGUGAAGAACUGUGAUGCACUUAGAUCACUGCCUCAACGAAUGGACACCCUCAUUGCUCUUGGAAGCCUGACUCUCAACAAUUUAUCGCUGUGUUGUGAAGUAGCUUGUCUCCCUCCCAAAUUGCAAUUUAUGCAUAUUGAAUCCUUGAGAACAACUACACCUGUGAGUGAAUGGGGUUUCCAAAACCUUUAUACUCUUUAUGAUUUGCAUAUUGGAGGUGAUAAUAUUGUUAACACCUUGCUAAAAGAGCAUUUACUGCCCAAUUUCCUUGUGUCCUUGACAAUAACUAAUCUCUCUGAAAUGAAGUGCUUAGAAGGAAAUGGGCUCCAACACAUUUCCUCUUUGAAAAAUCUUACAUUUAAAUGCUGUGCAAAGCUCGAGUCUUAUCGAGGCUUAUUUCCUUCUUUUCUGAAAUCACUUGUAUUUGCAAAUUGUCCAAAACUCAAGUCUUUGCCAGACAGGCUUCCUUCCUCUUUGGAAACUCUGGAAUUUGACGAGUGUCUAAGACUCGGGUUAUUGCCAAGACACGGGUUUCCUGACUCUCUUAAGGUACUGGGCAUUAGUCGAUGCCCUCUUUUAAAAGCAAGGUACGCCACUAAGAGAAAGGAUCAUUUGUCCAAGAUUGCUCACAUUCCUGUCACAAAAAUAGAUCAUGAAGUGACAAUAUGAGCCAUGGGAAAGGAAAAGAAGAAUUGCACUUUCCUUUCAGGUUGAUCAGAAACCUAGAGUCUCGAGGAAGGGCUUUUAUUCACUACCUCUACUUGAAGACCUAGACUAGACAACAUGAAUCAAACCAUUGCCAGGGAAUUAGAAUUUUCCACAUAUGGUUCAAAAGAAUGGUAAAGUUUUUCAUAUGGUCCUGAAAUUUUCACAUAUGUCUUACUGCAUUUCCAGGAAUUUGGCAGCAAAAUCUCAAUUACAAUCCAUCUUCCAAUGUAAAUGAUAAAAUGAACUUUGCCUAAUGUUUUUUUCCUCCUAAUUUGUUCAGAUUUCCUUACAUACUUGUUGUUUGGACUUAUGUUUAACUUGCUAUGAACUCAGAUUCUCCUAUAGGAUGAAUACAAAAUUCUGACACAUUUAAAAUGAGAUGACUAAAACUCUUGUUUCAUCUAAAAUAGGAUCCAAAAUCAUAAUUGAUAAAUCUAGACUUCUAAAUUUUCUUUUGUUAUUUAAAAAAGUUAUUCAAGGGCACCUAUAUAAAUUAUGGGAAAAAACAAUUCAAAGAGUUUACUAGUAAGAAUCAAGUCGCUGAUGGCUUAAGAGUGAACUAUUCUCAAUGUUUCAUUUUGAAUUCUUUUGUUAGGAAUAUGGACAUUGAAAUUGAUCUUCUAAAUUAAUUGAUUUUAAGGUUAGAUAUCAAGUUCUUAAAACAAAGGGUUUUCAAAUCACCUUAUGGGUCUGAGACUUUCUAAACAUAACCAAUACAAUCUAUGACUGCAUACAAUAGUUUAAAUGAAAACCACUAGCUUGUAAGAUCAUUAG